AUGUUUUCAUUUCAGAUGUUGUCUGCUGUGUUGUGCAUUGAGACAUCGCAUUACGUAGCAUUCGUACGGUCGCUCUCUGGGCGCUGGUUAUUCUUUGACUCGAUGGCUGAUCGAGAGGGUUUAAGUGAUGGUUUCAACGUGCCUCAGGUGAAAGACUGCGAGCGGAUGUCAUGGUGGUUAUCUCAGGCCGGAUGGGAGCGACUGCGUGACGCGGAUGAGGCGGGCACAAUGAAGGCCAUGCUGGGAAAGGGAAGUGAUGUGGAUCCGUUAGUUACUCGAUUAUUAAGCGAUUCGUAUAUUUGCUUUUAUCAUGAAGAGCCAUCUGGUCAUGGAUCGAAUUCUUCGUCGAAUCUUUUGAAUAAUAUGAUACAAAAGGUUGUCAAGCCUCUCACAUGA